UGAGUCACCCUCGGAGGCCUGGCGGCCCCGGCCCCAUCGGCGGGGCUGGGCCAGAAGGGUGGGGGGCGCUAACUGCCGGGGCGGAGGGCUCAUAAGGUCAGGAGCGGCCUGUGCCCGCAGACCUCGGCCCUUAUGGAGCUCGCCAACCUCCCCUCCGGUCCCAGCCCCACCAACAAGGCUUCCCGGGGCUCAGCCGGGCCGGUUCACGGCGGCGCUGGUGAGGGCGGCGGGGCCGGGGCGCAGGAGCGCUGCCCGGCGCGGCCCCCGCUGAGCGCCGCUCUCCUCUCGCUCCCUGCGGACGAGGCCCGAGCGCGUCCCGCCGGCCCCGGCGCGGGGCGGGAGGGCGGCCGGCGCAAGCGAACCACCUUCAGCAAGGCGCAGCUGGAGCUGCUGGUCCGCGCCUUCGAGAAGGAGCCUUACCCCGGCAUCGCCCUGCGGGAGCAGCUCUCCAGCCUCACCGACAUCCCCGAGUCCAGGAUCCAGGUGUGGUUUCAGAACAGGAGAGCCCGACAGCUGAACCACAAGAAGAACGAAGCCGCUGCCUACCCCAAACCGGCCUGUGCCAAGCAAAAGGCGACCCGCUGCGGCGGCGGUUGCCAGGAGGGAUCCCGGGCGACGCAGAUGCUUGGGACAGACCAGAGCCUUCUCCAUCCCCAGCCCGGCCUGCCAGGAGGAAACCAGAGUUUUGCGGGGCAGCCGUCGCCGUACCCGGGGCAGCCGUACUCUAGGCUCGAUACUCAUUUCAGGAGCGUGGAUAACACAUGUGGAGUCCCAGGUCAGACCCCAGCUCACUUCAGCUUGGACUGUGUGGGGAAAAGGGUCUCACACGCUACAGGUGGCAUGAAGAACCCCUCCCAGGUCCUACCCGCUGUGCAAGAGGGGCAGGAAUAUCCAUACCUGAAGAAAUCGUUCUCCGACAGCUACUACUCAGAUGCAGAUGCUUUUCAGUCUUGUGUAGAAGAUCACCAGUAUCUAGCAGGUAAAGAGAACAUGUAUAGGAGGCCUGUCUUAAACUGCUUAAAUACCGACCAGGGCCUGGGUGUUGAGAACCAUUUCUGUAUAAAAUCAAACCCUUCUUCUUUUGACACUUUCAAUUACGGUGAAGGGGAAUCUCAGCUUCAGUUCGACCAGACGAGGCACAGUCCUCCACCUCUGGCCAUGGGUAGUCAGGCUAAUUCUGCUUUGGUGCUUCCAAAACAUGAAGUGGGGUAUCAAGGGACAUUUACUGCUCCAGCUCCGUUGUACGGGCAGCAGCAGCUGCUGGAGACAGUAAAUGACUAUGACCCUCAUUGGCUGGGCGUGAGAAACGACAUUUUGGGAACUGGAUUAGAUUUGCUGUUUGAGAAAGAGCAAAAUGGGGAGAAAAGUGGGCCAAAAAGUUACCUUUUUGCUUUUGGUGGCCAGGCUUCAGCCUGUCAUUUAGGUCACACAUGAAACAGAGUGGAUACGCUUGGCCGAUAAAAAAAUUAGUGUGUUUUUUUUUUGGGUUGGCAGUGUUGUCCAAAGUGGCUAGAGGCUUUACAGGUCGAAGUGUGGAGUGCUUGCCCAGAGUUUUGGGUGUUCCGUGGAAGGGAAAGGAAGAUAAGCAAAGUCAGCAAGGGCUAGAGGAGAACAACCUGCUGGAUGUGUGCUGCUUUCCUGCCCUACGGGAAGCCAAGCUGUGUGUGUGCAUUUGUUUUUUGGCAGCAUCACAUUAACUUGCAUGUACAGGCAGAUUUUCACAACUCUGUCAGUACUGAAAGGUCCUUCUUUCUGUGUUCAGACUCUGCUGGGUUAAUUCUGCCAGUGUUUGGUUUGUGGCUUUACUGCACAAGUCAGUUUUGGUCAGAAUUCACUUACUUUAAAUCUGUAGAAAGCAGACUAAUUUACAGCUUUUAUUGGAGAGGUGGGGUACAAGCAUAGAAAAAAAGGAGCCUUGGGGGUGUCAGGGGUGUGUUUGUGUUGUAGUUCUCUUCUUGAUAAAGAAUACAGCUGGACUUUUCCUGGAUACUUGAUGAAUAGUGCUUUCAUUUAAAAAUUACUUCAUUUGUAGCCUUAUAAAAGGCAGUGCUUUUCUAUUUUUAAUUGUUUGGUCAUUUUCUUUUUGCUAAAUGAAGAUUUUUCUACCUGGAUGCUAAUGAACUUGUACAACUCCACUCUUUUACACACACACGCACAAAAAGUUCCAUCUCUGCAUUUGCACAUUGAGUCUGUAAAGACUUACUGAGAUCUAUGACCCUCUGGAAGACCACAGCAAUCAUGGAAGUGUUCCUGAUGUGUAUCUGGAGAGAUAAACAUGCCAUAUGUGGGAAAUCUUGGUUUGUGUUUAAAAUGUGGCUCUGCACUAUUUUGAAGUAUGCCUGUUUUUUCCUGUCUAUGUCAGUAAUUUAAUUUUUUAAUAAAAGAAAUGUAACAAAAAUAAAACUUAAACACAUAACCCACUAAACCAGCCAAGAAGGUGGGCUUUUGGUUUCACCCCUGGAGUCACUGGCCAUCUGGCAGGCAGAACCAGGUCUUCUCAUGUUAUCCGCCCUGCCGAUCUGGAGGCAUUGUAACCAGUGCUCUCAUAUCUCA